GGCGGGGCGGGGCUUAGAAACGCAUGCGCUCUUUGCCGCCACUGCGUGCGUUGGGCUCUUUUGGAGGGAAACACGCGCCGGUUUCUUGUCUGCGCGCUGCUGCUGUUUCUCGCUCUCGCUCGUAGCCUUCAGCUGUGUCCCAAGUGUGGGAUACGACUCCAGGUGCUCUCUGGGCAGCCAGUCCCUUUCCCGACCCUCCCAGGCUUGGAGAGAAGCUGAUAGCCUCUCGGCAGCCACAGAGGCAAGCUUGGCCCAUGGACCAGCCAGACAGCCAGGCUGGCGGCCCAGCUGCAGAGGUUUACCUCUGGGAGCAGCCAGAGGACAUGAGCCUGGGGCCACUGCUCAGCUUAGAGGAGCAGAUUCUCAACUCCACGUUCGAAGCUUGUGACCCUCAGAGGACAGGUGGGCGGGGCACUGUGGCUGUGACCCGUGUGCUGGCCUACCUAGAGGCUGUGACUGGCCAGGGACCGCAGGAUGCACGCCUCCAGACAUUGACCCAAAGCCUGGACCCCAAUGGGGAGGGUCCUGCAGCCACUGUGGACUUGAACACCUUCCUGGUGGUCAUGCGGAACUGGAUCGCUGCCUGUCAGCUGCAUGGGGGAUUAGAGCUGGGAGAGGAGACCGCCUCUGAGGGAGCCCUGACCUCCCCGCAGCUGCCAUCUGGAUGCCCAGAAGCCGAGGAGCCAGCCAACCUGGAAAGCUUUGGAGGCGAAGACCCUAGGCCCGAGCUGUCUGCCACUGCCGACCUGCUGAGCACCCUGGAGGACCUGGAGCUCAGCAACCGGCGGCUGGCUGGGGAGAAUGCCAAGCUGCAGCGCAGCGUGGAGACGGCUGAGGAGGGCUCUGCUCGCCUCGGGGAGGAAAUUCUGGCCCUACGAAGGCAGCUUCGCAGUACCCAGCAGGCUCUGCAGUCUGCCAAAGCUGUGGGCGAGGAGCUGGAGGACCUGAAGACUCUGGCCAAGAGCCUGGAGGAGCAGAAUCGAUGCUUGCUGGCCCAGGCCCGGCAGACGGAGAAGGAGCAGCAGCACCUGGUGGCGGAGGUGGAGACCCUGCAGGAGGAGAAUGGGAAGCUGCUGGCCGAGCGGGAGGAAGUGAAGAGGAGAAGUGAGGAGCUGGCCACAGAGAAGGACGCCCUGAAGCGGCAGCUCUAUGAGUGCGAACGCCUCAUUUGCCAACGGGACACCAUCCUCUCCGAGCGUGCACGCCACACCGAGAGCCUGACCAAGACAGUGGAGGAGUAUAGAGCCACCACGAGGGAACUGAGGCGGGAAAUCUCUCACCUGGAAGAGCAGCUGUGUCAGGCCCAGGAGGCGCCAGAUGAGUUGCUGGAAGAUGCCCAGGCCAGAGGAGUGGGCUGGACCAUGCCCCUGCCCCCAUCACUGGGCUUGGAGAUUGAAGCCUCUUGGCAGAAGCAAGAAGUGGCAGGUGCCAAUCUCUGCAAUCCCCUUUGUGGAGUGUGGCACUGGGGAGAGACCAGCCAGGAGGAACCCGAGGCUCCAUCUGAAGUCCCAGACAGGGGACAGAGAAACUCAGAGGAAGAGCCAGAGCCUGAGUGCCCUGCAGGAGUGGGAAAGGAGCUGUCCCCAGGGUUGCAUGGAAGAGAAGAGGAAGCAGAAGCGGAGGCAGUGGAGGAAGCAAAACAACUGCUCAGGGCUGACCCACCCAUCCUUCUGAGUGACCUUCAACCUGGAGACAUUGCAGGACAACCUCCUGAGAGUCCUGCCGAGCCAGUGCCCCAGCAAGCCCUGGUGCCCGUGGUGAAGGAGCUGGUCCCAGUCGGGAGGCCCUGGGGCCAACACUGCCUGUCCCCACUGUAUCCCCAGCCACCCAGGGCCACUCGGCACCUGCUGCUUCCCCCUCGGGUCCUGGGCCCAGUGCUGCUGCUGCUGCUGCUCUCAGUGCUGCUGCUGGGCCAGGCCCCGCCGCCCACCUGGCCCCACCUGCAGCUCUGCUACCUCCAGCCACCGCCUGUUUAGGCACCACCUCCCUCAUCCCAGUUUGGUCCUCUCAUGGCACCAGUGCACGCCAUUGUGUUGGGAAUUUAUGUGGCAUUGCCUGAUUUCCUGCUGCUGUGACUCCAUUUCUUAACAAAAACAAAAGGCACCCAGCAAUA